AUCUUUUUUGUUUGUCUGUUGUUUCUGGCAUUCAGGUCAUGGAUCUGUUCACUAAGAAAGAAGUCGUUGAAAAAGUCACGGUCACAAAACGGACAACAAGAAGCAGAGUCACCGGUUUUUAUGAAACCAGUAUUUGUACAGAAAACACUUCAUUGAACCGUGAUCUUGAUUGCUAUGGACAGUUAAUGGAAGAGACAGAGGUCACAGAGCACUCGACAAAAAGAACCAGGUUCACAAGAAACACCUCUGACUUCCCGCUAUUGGGAAAAGCUUGUGCGAGUGACAAUGAGAGAGACGAUGAGGGGCCAUCUUGCGACAUAGAAAAUGUGGAGGACAAAGAAGAAAGAGUUGAGGACGAUGAGGCGCCGAAUUCACAAGUUUGGGAUGAACUGGUGGAGAUUGCCCUUGAACAGGUUGAACGCGCAGCAUCAAGAUGGGGUUCAAAUUCUUUAGGAAGGACAGUGCAAACCUUUUCAAAGGCAGAUGCUGCACUCGCAUUUGUGGAUCGAGACACGAAGUUUCUGUGCCCGGUCAUACUUGCAUAUGAGUUGCCGGCACCACUUUCAGGUUUUGAGUAUGCUGUCAUGGGUCAAAGUAAUUUUCUGAGCAGGUACAAGGAGAUGAGUCAAGAACAACGUGUUUUUUAUGAGUUGAUCCAUCCUAAAGCACAGUGCCAUUUGUAUUUCGAUCUGGAGUUCUCAAGACCAUUGAACACAGAAAAAUGGUGACGCAAUGGUUGACACCUUGUUGAUGAUCACUUCGAGCCUUCUCUCUUCAGAGUUUCCUCAUGUUCGUCAGGAGACUCUACACAUUCUUGAAACGGAUUCAACAAGGGAUGAAAAAUUUUCCAGACAUUUGCUGAUAAAGGCACCCGGCUUACUGUUUCAAAACAAUCAACAAGUGUUGCCUUUUGUGACAAAGGUAAAGGUGAUCAAGACUUCUUUACCAUGUUGCAUGUUGAUUUUUGCCACAACAAAUUAAAACAAUGGAG